CCCACACUCUUUUUUUUUUAUUUUCUUUCCGCUAUUUAUAUUGCUUAUCAAUGACGUCUCACCAACCUCAUAGACAAGCAAGAAGACGAUUAAAACAACUUGGAAAGAAUUUGACUGGAUCUCAUGAUGGUUGGACUGAUUCAGAAGAAGACGAACUUGUUCAAGAAGUGAAUAUUAAGUCUGUUAGAAUUGGUGAUGUCGUGAUGCCUGUACAACCAGCUCUAAACCCUGAAUUAGUUCCUGAACAUGAAGGUCCUCUCUAUGACGAUUCUCAGGAAAUAUUAAGACAUUUGCGAUGGAUGAUGCAAAAGGACAAGCUUGGACAAGAUAUUUUCUUGAUUGGCCCACCUGGUCCUCUACGCCGAAACUUGGUGAUGAAAUACGCGGAAAUGACUCAACGAGAAAUUGAAUAUGUUGCAUUAUCCAAAGAUGUGACUGAUGGUGAUCUCAAACAAAGGCGUGAGUUAUCCGGUGGUACUUCUUUUUACGUUGAUCAAGCUGCUGUUCGUGCUGCUGUACAUGGUAGAAUCCUGGUUUUGGAUGGUAUUGAAAAGGCUGAACGCAAUGUCUUGCCCAUUUUGAAUAAUCUUUUGGAAAAUCGUGAAAUGUCUUUGGAUGAUGGUAGAUUUUUAACAACAAAAGAUGUCAAGGAUAAUUAUGGUGACACAAAGUUUGAAAAAGUGGAUAGCCGAUUUCUUGUUUUUGCAUUGGGCUUACCUGUUCCUCCAUAUGUUGGAUACCCAUUGGAUCCUCCUUUACGCUCUCGAUUCCAAAGUCGUGAUAUCAAAGCACCUGGUUAUUCAAGUCAAUUGGAUCAUUUAAUGACCCUCACAACAAAUAAAUCUUGCAAACCCUUACUGGAGAAGGUGGUCUCUAUUAGUCAAGUAUUAGGUCUUCAAGGUGAUAAAUCUGCUGCUCGUGAAAUAGAAGUACCUGAAUUCCCAAUGACAUUGAACAGUGUUGCAUUGUUACUUUCCUUAUUACCAAAUAUACACCCUCGCUUCUUGGUGGAUCUACUUUACCCUUAUCCUCUGUUACCUACCUGUGAUCUUGAACAACUUGGUGUGAUUGAAGCUGCCUAUAGACGCUUUGGAGUCAAAUCGGCUGUGGUGGAAGCCCAUGAAGAAGCUAGACAAACAUUUUCUGGAUAUGUUUUGGAGAAUUUGGAACAAAAUCAACAACCUUUGAUUUCUAUCGAUGCUUACAAUUAUAUUUAUAAGGCCAUCGCUACUUUCUCUCAUAUUUCUAGUACUCCAAUUGGUCUUCCUAUCUAUUGUGGUCCAAACGAAGGUUGCCCUGCAGAAUACUUUAUUGAAACUCCCUAUCACAAGGCAAUCUUCACAUCCAUGGUGAUUGUUCAUGCAAGUGGUCAAGAUAUGUGUUUAAUUGGUACUUACAAAGGUGUUGGCAAGUCAGCAUUGGUUCGUCAUUUUGCCAGAAAACUUGGUUAUUCCAUUGAUUAUAUCCCUCUUUAUCGUGAUAUGUCUUCAAGAGAUUUACUUCAACGUCGAUCAACAACUCCAACUGGUGAUACAGUGUGGGAGAACUCUUUAUUAGUGGAAGCAGCUAUUCAUGGUCACUUGGCAGUUUUGGAUGGUAUUGAAGCUUUAUCUUAUGGCACUCUCAAUACUCUUCAACGUCUUGUGUCUGAACGUGAAACUCAAUUACCUGAUGGUACUCGAUUGAUCAAUGCUCACCGCUAUGAAAAACUGAUGAAAAAGAACAAGCUAUCUGUGGAGGAAUUGGAAAAGAAGAAAUUGAUUCCUAUUCAUCCAUCAUUUCGUAUUAUUGCUUUGGCUCGUGCUGCUACUACUGGUCAAAAUGAUGGAAAAGCUGGUUCAUGGUUGACAGCUGAAAUCUUGUCCAUGUUCCAAUUCAUUGUGGUCGACACUUUACCUUCAGUAGAAGAACAGGAAGUACUGUCCAGUUUGUCUCCCGGUGUGGAUGAAGACAAAUUACGUCAACUUUUGAACUUUGCUCGUCGUUUACGUCGCGACACUGAUGAAACUAUCCGUAUGCUUUCAAGCGCAUUAUCCACUCGACAGUUGAUCCGUAUUUGCCGUCGUCUCUCUUAUUUUGAUAAUGAAAGCUUAUACAAGGCCAUUCACAAAGCUGCUCUGUCUCGAUUUAUGCCUGUGGUUGCUCGUGAUGCAUUACAUGAUAUUAUGCUUGCUAAUGGUAUCUAUCCUCCCAAGACUGACACUCAUGUUGAACAACUUCAAAUUCAAGUUUUACCUUCAAGAGAACAUCCUGAAAAGAUUCGUAUUGGAAAUGUUGAAGAACAAAUAUUCAGGGGUGGCGAUCCAAUGCUUAUUCCAAACGUUGUGUUCCAUGAAAAUCCUGCUCAUACUGAAAUUUUGAUGGAAAUGCUCAAGGAUUACCAACUUGGUGAUCACUUACUUUUGAUUGGAAAUCAAGGUGUUGGCAAAAACAAACUGGCUGACUACUUUUUACAACUUCUUAAACUGCCUCGUGAAUAUAUCCAACUUCAUCGUGAUAGUACCGUACAAAGUUUGACAACAACCCCUGCCAUUCGUGAAGGUGUCCUUUUGUUUGAAGAUUCUCCUCUUGUGAAAGCUGUUACAAAUGGUACUAUUCUGGUUGUAGAUGAAGCAGACAAAGCUCCUACUUAUGUCACAGCCGUAUUGAAAAGUUUGGUAGAAGAUGGACAAAUGGUGCUUGGUGAUGGUCGACGUAUUAUUUCAAAAGAGUCUGAUAUUCAAGAAAGUGAUCGAUAUAUCAUGGUGCAUCCUAAUUUCCGUAUGCUUGUAUUGGCCAAUCGCCCUGGUUAUCCUUUCCUUGGAAAUGACUUUUACCGUGAAAUUGGUGAUGUCUUUAGUUGUCAUGCUAUUGAUAACCCUGAUAUGGAAUCUGAGAUGUUCUUACUUCGAAAAUAUGGUCCCAAUGUACCUGAAGAUUUGUUACGUAAACUCUCUAGUGCUUUCAGUGACCUUCGCAAAUUGACAGAUGAAGGAUUGAUAUCAUAUCCCUAUUCAACUCGUGAACUUGUCAACAUCGUACGCCAUUUGCAGGAUUAUCCCGAUGAAGGCAUCUCCAAAAUUCUUCGUAAUGUAUUCGAUUUUGAUCAAUAUGAUCAAGCAUCCAAAGAGCUUUUGAUUGAAAUUUUUGAAAAACAUGGUAUCCCUAUUGGCCUCGACUCUGAAUUUAGCAUGGCACUUGGUGAUAUUAUUGAUCUUGGAGCACCUGUAUUAACUGAACGCUGGACUCGUGUAAAUAAUGCUCAACAACAUGCCAAGGUUGAAAUCGCUGACAUUGCUAUUCGUGGUGGAUGGGAUUUGGAUCUGGACAAAAAAUGGCGUGAACUUGAUCGCAAGGAAGGUCGCUCUACCGUCUUUUCCGAACAAUUAUACACUUUUGACAUUCCAACUCGUGGUGAAGCCCUUGAUAUAUCAGCAGUUGAUGAUGGUACACUUUUUGCAGUAACAACAAGCCCAGUAACACUCCAUCGUAUUGAACCUAAUCAUCGUAAAGUUGACAGUCUGGACCUUUAUGAGUAUUUCCCACUUCAACGCUCGCCUCCUCGUCUACGCAUCACUAUGAUCAAAAAUCGUCAAGGAGAACUCAAAUAUGUGGCUUUACACAAUCCAUCCAACAACGAACUGUUAUGCUGUGAUUUCAAUAAGAAGACCGUGGUAUCUGUGGUGAUUCGUGGAUUGGAACCUAUCAAGUCCAUUAUGUGUAACAACCUCAAUUCAGCAGGUAUUCUUGUAUUUUACCAAAACGAUCUGGAUACAGUCGCCGUAUUGGAUUUUAACACGUCGAAACAAUAUACUAUCAAGUUACCUGUUCGUAUCAAUCAUCUACUUGUAGCUGAAUCUGGCUUUUGGAUCGCUAAUGGUAGUCGUGACGGAUACACUUAUGCAAUUCAUAAUGCCGACAAUGGAAACGUACCUACAAUUGUGGAACCAAUUCAAGUGAUGGGACAAAAUGGAUAUACCGUGGGUGAAAUCGCCAAUGUUUUUACACAACAAGACAGUGGAAAGGUAUUACAUCAUGCCAAGGCUGACCGAUUUGGGUCUGUAGCCGAUGGAUGGUCUGCAAAUCAAUUUUUGAAUGGGACAGGUGUGAUUGAUAUUUCCUCCUACUUUGAUAUCACUCGUACCAAUGCGCCAAUGCCAAUGAAAAUCUGGGGAUCUGCUUUAUUUUUGGAACGUACUCAACAGUUGGCUAUUAUUCAUCCAUCUACGACUGGUCGAGCAGAAAGCACGCUGGAUUUAUUGAACACAGCAACACAUCAAGUAUGGCGUAUUCGAUUACCACUGUCUUCUAUGGGUGAACCUACCGGUGAUAUCAAUGGUGUGACAAGUUUCUCUCAUUUCCAAAUUGAACGAUCGGUUGCUACUUUAUGUGAACUAGCCAAUGGUCAUUUGGUUACUAUGGACAAUGCUGGUACUGUGCGCGUAUUCCAAGUGAAUCCCAAGGACUUGUAUCAAUCUGCGACUACUUGGAAACAAAUGGUUGGAGUGGAUCAAAAGGCACUCUCUGUCAUCUAUGAAUCAGAUAAGAAACCUGGACAAGAAGGUGAACAACGAGAUGGACAAGAACAACAAGAUGGAAAUCAAGGUGGAGAUACCAAUACCAAAUGCGAUGGAAAUGGUGACGGAAAAGGAUCCGGUGGUAAUCAAGGCACUGGUGAUGGAGAAGGUGGUCAAGGUGGUGGAGGUGGCCAAGGUGGUGGAGGUGGUGGCUUCAACGGCAGUGGUGAUCGUGACAAUGAAAAUGGUCGUGAAGAAGCAAGUUUUGAAGAUAUCAAUAAUUUGAAAUUGAAAACUGCUGAUAGUGAUACGACUAAAGAAAUCUCUGAAGCCAAAAAGGAAAUGCAUGAUAAUGCCAUGGAAAAGAUGCUAAGCAAAAUGGAAAUGAAUCGUGCUGAUUAUGAUAUGUUCCAAACUUAUUUGGAUAAUGUACGGCGUGAAAUCCGAGAACUCCGAGUCAUUCUGGAAAGUGUGGAAGCCAAGAAUAAGGAACGUGUGUGGUUGAAAAAUCAAGCAUCUGGUGACUUGGAUGAUACAAAAAUUAUUGAAGGAUUGACUGGUGAACGUGCUAUUUACAAGAAACGUGGUGAAGAUGAUCCUGAAAUUGGACUUUUCCAAGAUAAGCCAAAACGAAUGAAUUUUGUAUUUGAUUUAUCUGCAAGUAUGUUCCGCUUCAAUACUCAUGAUCGUCGACUAGAAAGGUCCAUGGAAGUAGCAUUGAUGUUAAUGGAAGCUUUCCGUGGUUUCGAACACAAGUUUGCCUAUCGUAUUAUUGGUCAUAGUGGUGACAGUGCCAAUAUUGAAUUUGUCAAGCCCGGAAAUUAUCCAAAGACUGAAAAGGAAGAAUUUGAUAUUAUCAGUAAAAUGCGUGCCCAUUCUCAAUAUUGUUUAAGUGGAGACAAUACACUUGGAGCUGCUGCCCACUCUGUUAAGGAAAUCGUUACUGAAGAAGGGGAUGAUUAUUUUGUUGUGAUUCUAUCUGAUGCUAAUAUUGCUCAAUACAACAUUCAUCCAAAGGAUAUUGCUCGAAUACUCAAAUCGGAUGAUCGUGUGACAGCCCAAAUGGUAUUCAUUGGAUCCAUUCAGGAUCAAGCAGAACAGUUGAAGAAAGCACUUGGAAGUCAUGCUCAUAUUUGUGUGGAAAACAAGGAAUUGCCCAAGAUAAUGAAAUCUCUCUUCUUGGCCUCCAUGGUGAAAUAGAUUAGAUUUAUUAGAAUAUUUUUUUAUCUACUCUUCUUUUGUAUUUAUAUAAACAUAUGAUCACAUCUUUUUUUUUCUUUAA